CCGGUACCCAUGAGUUCUCUUCCCAUUGGCGGAGAAAGCCGUAUAUAAAUGCUCCCCACCUUUCCUUGGGAACCAUCUCCGGCUGGCCGGCAGCUCUCUCUGCUUUUCUCUUUAUCCUUUCCUUGUCAAUUGGGUCACCGGGAGAGAGAGAGAGAGAGAGAGAGAGAGAGAGAUCCUUUACUUGUCAAUAUAGAGUCACGGGGGAGAGAGAGAGCGAGACAAGAGUGAGAGAGGAUGGCUUCUUACGCCAAGCACAGAGGCCUCGCGGCGCCGCUCCUGGGGGUGAACUUGGUCCUCUACAUCAUCCUGCUGGGGCUGGCGAGCUGGGCAUUGGACGAGCAGCUGGAUGGGCAUUUGGCGGGAGGGAACCAAGCCACUUCCGACCUCAUCCGCUUCUCUUUGAUCGCUGGAGUGGUGGGCAUCGCGUCCGUCCUGGUGGGUCUCUUCCAUCUCAAGCACCGGCGGAGCGAGAGCCACGGCGGCGCAGGAUCGGCGGCGGUCAUUGCCCUCCUUCUCACGCUCCUCGCCUUCGGCGUCGCUUGCAAGCAGGUUCAUGUGGGCUACAUCUACUCUGACAGACUGAAAGCGCUCGAGGCGUUUGCGAUUGUGGUGGCAGCCACGCAGCUGCUCUACGUGCUGCUCAUGUAUUUUGCGGACGAGUGAGCUCGCGAGCCAUGGAUUCCAACGACAAACUCUCCGGGGUCACCCGGAUGGCUUUGUAAUUGUUUGUAUUAUAGAUAUAAUUACAAUCUUCUGGUGUGGUGUUUCUGA